CAGGCUAACUGGUUAGCCUAGCUGCUCGGUCGGUUUUCAGUCCAACUUCGAAACCCACCGCCUGUUUGUCAGUCAGCGGGUUGUUUAACUGUGGACAGUUCGUGAACGACCUCGUUAAACCACCAUGUUACAGUUCCUGGCUGGCUUCACUCUGGGGAAUGUUGUGGGGAUGUACCUCGCUCAGAACUAUGAUGUCCCAAACAUAGCCAAGAAAAUUGAUGCGUUUAAGAAAGACGUGGAGGCCAAGAAGAAGCCUCCAGAGUGAGCGAAGCUGCACCAUGAGGGAAGCAAGAACAGAUCGACUCUGCAGAGCAACUAUUUAUUUAACAGGGUUGUGAUAUGAGUGUACAUUUGUUGAAAGGACUGAUAAUAUAUGUAUGAUAAAAUCAA